AUGGGAACAUGGCACCGUUACAAACUGGGCCAGGCGCAAUUUACGAGCUGGCUGAAGCAGACGGCUGGAAAACUCGUGAGCCGUAAACCGGAUCCCGACGCAGGAACCACCGAGACCGAGAAGACCGAGAACGCUGCACCACAGCAAUCACGUCGCCAGAAGAAGAAGGCCAAAGCCAUCGGCAUCAACCUUGCCCCAUUGGAGGUGCUCGCCCAGCGCAUCACCGACAAUGCACAACCCGAAGACAUUCCCCCUGCGGCGCUCAAUAUCCUCCACGACGUCGUCAGCUUGCGCAAGAAGACCUUCCAGUGGUUUACCAAGUCAGCUCAGGACUCCAAAGAUGAAAAAGUGAGGCAGAGCAAUGCUGCCCAUGCUCGCAUCAUCGCCGUGCUCGAACGAGUCUUGUCCAAGCUUGAAGCCCUUGUGAAGUCCGGCACAGGCGCGCAGCGCAGAAGCGAGCAGAAGAACGACUCGAAGGUUACAACGAACAAUCUGAGCAACUUGUUUGCUCUUCUCGAGGUCCAGACUGGCCCAGACGGUGCUGACGAUGCUGUCAAUGCGGCGUCUGUCGACGAAGCCCAGGAUGGCACGGCACUCUCUGCGGCCGACGCACAACCUCAGAAAGGAGGCAAGAAAAAGGCUGGGAAGAAGACGCAAAAGCUCAGAAAACCUGACCAACGGACGGAACGGGCAGUGGUGAAGAGCAAGAAAGCUUGGGUCGACAGCAUCGAUUUCGGAGAAAUACGGGAGGAGGACGAAGAAGAUGAAUUCGAUCUCUACAUGAUGAUAUAUUGCUUCUCCGAAGACUUCAACACCAUCAGGAACCACGUCCGCGAGCGUUGGUGCGACUACUGGUAUAACCGGUCUCAGGACCUCGACAAGGAGCUUCGGAUGCGUGGGCCGAAGCUUAAGAUGCGCGGCCCGGAGCUUCUGAAGUACCAGUGGAUGAUGAACAUGCUUUUCAUCGAGUUCGGCGUCGAGCAUGCCGAUUACGAUUCCUACGACGACCUCGACGAAGAAGAGUCCAACGAGCGCAUUUGGCGAGAUGAAUCCGACUGGCUCGCCCUGUCGUCUUACUACACCCCGGGGGAGGUGUUGACAAGGGUCCCUCCCGGGAAGGUGCCAAUGAUUGCCCUAUCUAAUCGUUCCCCCGUUGUAUACGGCGCCAACAAUGCCAAAGAAUGGAGGGUCUUCGAGGACCGAGUCGCCCGAGAUCUCAUCCUCGAGAGCGCUCAUCUGAAGGCACUCAAGAAGAACAGGCAGGAGUAUUUCCAGCUGCCGUCCGAAACCACGCUCUUGUUCGGCCUUCAGGAGUGCCUAGAGUGGAAGGACUUUGACUCAGCCCUCAUCUUCUCCCUUCACCUUUGGGUAGACAUCCGUUACAUCACCGAAACAGAGCAUGUCAAGCCCUUUGAGCAGCUGCAGAUCACCGCCGCGCAGCUCAAAGAGAAACUUGAGAGGCACCCGCGCUCAGACUUCCAGUUUAAGGGCAAGAAGGCCCGGCUCAGACAGAUGGGCAUCCAGGAGGAUCCCGAGCCCUACUUCCCGCUGAAGAACGAACCGGUCUGGGCGGGGCUUCUGGAUUUCCACGCUAGGCUGGUCUACAGUCAGCUGGGCCAUGAGUUCGUCUCGCUCAGCGGUGUCGUAGACGCCGCCGCCUACCUGUAUCAUGCUGCCCUUGCCAUGGACCCGAGCCUUCCGGGGUGGGAAGACAUGGACCGGUACGUGGCGACAUAUCUGGAGGAUAGUCAGUUCAGGCGGGGGCUGCAAGCGCAACAGGGCGCUGCUGCAAUAAUCCGCAGUUUCGAGAGAUCGCCAACCAUCGAGCGCGAAAAGGGCAACGUUGCGGAGCACGUUGCGGAUCGCAUCUGGAACCCGAAGCACUUUGCGCCGGAGAUAUUUGUGCGGAAAGGGUCUCUAUUACUGCUAUGCAUUUGAGGAGCAACAUAUCCCUUUCGUGCACUAUUUCCAAGAGCUCGUCGAGGGGCACUACCGUCGGGUUGAUGGCGGUUGACCGGAGCAGGUCCAGGUCGAGCUGGGCCUCAUUGACUCCAGUCAUAAGACCGGUUC